AUGCGUCCAGAUGAGUUGUGGUCCAAAACAUGGAAGUUACUUAGUCAUGACAUCAUCUUCACUCAAAGGAAGAUUCUUAACUGUCCAGGUUUGGUUCUUCAAGAUGAAGCCCUUCAAAUUUUAUUUCUAGCAGCUAUUGAAGAUUUGUUACAAAGCAAUGGCAGUUCAUUGAAGAAUUUUCCCGAGAUGCCUUUCCCAGAUCAAGAAUAUGUUUCCAACUUGACCAACCGAUUAAUACGAACUGAAUUGUUGUAUGACAAGGUUUAUUCUUUGUGUAUGGCUACGGAGGUACUGGCAAAACAUUCCUUUGGAAAACUGACAGCUGGGUUACGAUCUAAAGGUGAAAUAGUUUUGAAUGUGGCUUCAAGUGGGAUUGCAUCCCUCUUACUAACCGGUGGUAGAACCGCCCAUUCAAGGUUUGUUAUUCCCAUUAAUAUAUUUGAGAAUUCAAUUUGUUCAAUUGAACCAAAUAGUGAAUUAGGUGCUCUAAUAAAGAAAACGAAAUUGAUUAUAUGGGAUGAAGCACCCAUGAUUCACAAACAUUGUUUUGAAGCCCUUGACCGGAAAAUGAGAGAUAUUUUACGGUCAACUUACUCAAAUAGUGAAGAAACCGUGUUUGGAAGGAAAAUGGUAGUCUUUGGUGAUGAUUUUAGGCAGAUUCUACCGGUUAUCCCUAAAGGUUCAAGAAGCAAUAUUGUGAAUGCAUCGUUGAAUUCUUCUUAUCUAUGGCAGCAUUGUCAGGUGCUCAAAUUCACUGUUAACAUGAGAUUAAGAGUUGGUUGCCAAGAAACAGAUGUAGAAGAAAUUAAGGAAUUUGCAGAUUGGAUUUUGAAGCUGGGAAAUGGCCUUCUUGGUGAUACAAACGAUGGUGAAGUGGAGAUUCAGAUUCCUGAAGAUCUACUAAUUGAUGAUGUUGUUAAUCCACUUGAUUCUUUAAUUUUGUUUACAUAUCCGGAUAUUCUGAACAGUUUGUCCAAUCCCCUUUAUUUCCAGCAAAGAGCUAUCUUGGCACCGACUCACACCGUGGCAGACAGCCUUUGUGAAUCAGACGAAGCUAUAGAUAUUGAUAUGGCAUUGUUUUCCACCGAUGUAUUAAACAGUUUACAUUUAUCUCGACUACCUCAACACAAGUUGAUUUUGAAAGUUGGGGCUCCGAUGAUGUUACUUAGGAACAUCGACCAAUCAAAUGGUUUAUGCAAUGGCACCCACUUGCAAGUAAUCAAACUUGGGAAACAUGUGAUUGAAGCCAAAAUUAUAACCGGGACUAACAUUGGUCAAACUACUUUGAUUUCAAGAUUAAAAAUGACACCAUCUGACAAAAGGGUUCCAGUAAAGAUGUGUCGAAGACAAUUUCCAAUUGUUGUAUGUUUUGCAAUGACAAUAAACAAGAGCCAAGGACAAUCGUUGGAUCAGGUAGGUUUGUAUCUUCCACGACCAGUUUUUAGCCAUGGUCAAUUGUAUGUGGCUGUAUCUAGGGUGAAAAGAAAGAAGGGCUUGAAGAUAUUGAUUAUGGAUGAAGAUGGUUAA